GUAUCAAAAGAGAAAACUACAUUCAACAAUCAACAUUCAACACUCAACACUCAACAAAACUCUUUAGAAACUACCACAAAUUUCCUUAUUUUCAAAAUAAUAAUUCAUAUAUCAUUUACCAUGAUUGAGGCAGAUUUAUACAGCAGAUCCAACAUCUCGCAAAGACGAGACGCCAAAGAGAUCAUCAAAGAAUUCGCCCCAAGAAUUCAUUGGAGCCUGAAUGGUCGUGAUACUUUACUUGACAUAGGAUGUGGUACAGGAGAUGUCACUGUAGAUUUUGUGGUUCCUAUAAUGCCAAAAGACUACGAAAGAAUAGUUGGGGGCGAUUUAUCUACCGAAAUGAUUGAAUAUGCAAAAAGGCGCUACGCUGCGAUGCCCAGGUUGGAGUUCAGGACGAUGGACGUGGGCAAGGAUGCCCUUUGCAAGCAGAUCAGGGAGAGGUUCCAUCAUGUGACUUCGUUUUAUUGUUUGCAUUGGGUGCAGAAUCAAAAAAGGGCAGCUAAAAACAUCUACGACCUCCUUCUUCCCGGAGGCGACUGCCUCUUGGUUUUCCUUGCCCGGAAUCCAAUCUUCGACGUUUACCGGAGAAUGGCUUCAAAUCCUCGAUGGGCUCCUUAUAUGAAGGAUGCUGAUCGAUUUGUUUCACCAUAUCAGGACAUUGAAAAUCCCCACAAAUUAUUAAAACAACAUCUAACUGAUGCUGGAUUCGAACAAAUCCAUUGCGAGACAAGAGACAGGGUGUUUGUUUUCGAUGGAAUCGAUAUUUUAAGCGAAUCUGUACGAGCAGUGGAUCCUUUCAAAUCUCGAAUUCCAAUUCACCAACAUAACGAAUAUUUUCAUGAUUAUUUUGAAAUAGUCAGAAAAAUGGGGUUUGUUGGAAAAACUGAUAAAAAUAAUAACGAGUUUAAAGAAGAUGAUAGUUUAGAUGGCGACAUCAAGAUCUAUUCGCCAUAUACUUUACUUAUUGCUCAUGCAAGAAAAUCAUCACAAAUAAUAAAAUAAAUAUAAGUUAAAUAUAAUAAGUAGUUAAAUCGGUCGC